CGCCACACUCUUAAACCCUUGCUACACUACAAUAGCCACGUACAAUAAAAAAGAACACUGUUUCCUGUCAUUAUGAGUCGGGAAAAUAGUGAUGACGAGCUUGCAAGCUCUAGCGUCUGGGUUGCUAGCCAGGAAAGGACGCGAUCCUCUCAGCUACAGGGCGGUAGAGCGGUGCUCAUGAGCAGCGGCUCGCUGGCGCUUCGACAGGGUGAUUGGCGCCGUGUUGCUGCAGCGACAACAGAUGGCACACCAGUUCAGGCGCCCGCCCCGCUGCAAAGCACACCCAACAUAGAUGAUGUUCAUUCGCCAGCGUCUAGCACAUACAACCCCGCCGGAAGUCCAGACCGCCAGAGCCUUCUCGAUAGCACAUCGCCUUUGCGACCAAGGAUUCUUGCGCCGGGUUCUGUAGCUGACUUCACCCCCAACAACUUCUCGGGUAUCCCAUUCCCUUCAGCCACGCAUCUAGCCUCCACGGGUCGUGCAGAUAAGGUAGCAUCACCGGAUACGCCCGGAGAACCAUCCUUCCGCUGGGGCUCCCCAACGAAAUCGAAUGGGGGACUCUCAACCCCUACUUCCGACGAGUAUGACAGCCCACCCGCGAACUUUGGCCUCCACCCCGGGUCUACUCUACACCUCUGGGACAACUCGCUAUACGUCCCCAGAACUGCACGAAAGCUCCAAGGGGCUACAAAGACAAGUUGUGUGACAUCGGAGGCGGCCGUAAAGCUCAACCUACGAGGAUGCGGCACGGAGCUCGACUGCGCCGCCUCUUCCGUUUCAGGCGAUGGCGCCCCAACGUUUAGAGCACAACUGGAGCCAGGUAAUGUCCCGUCGGCUGCACCCUCGCCAGCGCCCUCAGGACUAACAACGCCAGGAUCAGUCCAUUUUGAGGCAUGGAGCCCUCGACAGACCAUCCUUGCCCUAUCAGCGCUGGUGAGCAGCUCUGUGCGAGACGGCGGGGUCUCCUCCAUCGCAUGCAGCGAAACUGCAGGUGGCGAUGAGCGUAAGGCGGAGGGGCAAUCAUUCCCCGCUGAUGGCUCAAAGCCUGCACGUUUGAGUGGACAUGAAGUGCCAGCGUCUUCGGGGCCGUCAACUGCAGCGCCCUGCGCGGCAACUGGCCUUCAUGCAGACGUGCACGUUGCCGAGGAUUGCGUGGCACUUGUUGCUGCUUACGCCGCCAGCAAUUUCAAUCGCUGCUGCAGCGACGGCGGUUGCCAGGCUACAGCUUCGAUCCUUCCUAGCACUGCGGCACCUGCCAGCAUGGACGUCGGAGCGUGCCAAGUGGAAGCAGACGAUACCAGACCGGACGCAGGCCUUGACCAGACGCCACGCAAGACUGGCAAGGGCAGCGCGGUUGCCGGUCAUCGCCCCAGCGAACGCAAGCACGUCCGCCGAGGCUUGGGGUUCGGUCAGGAGCCCGCAAAAGCACAGGCAUCGGGCCCUGCGCGGUCGCUGAGUAGCGAGCAGCCACGCUCCGACAGGGGGGCAGUGGCCAGCAGCACGCUCUGGGCUGUGGCGUCGUGUGUGUUGCUCGCAACCUUAGCCAUCCUUGUCGCACCGGCUAUUUACCAGCCGCACGGGAACCCGGGCUUUGGGGCGGAGCCGUCCGACUUUGUUUCUACGGAACAGUGCACGCACGCAUUUACCCAGGCGACAGCAUGGGAUGGAAGUUAUCACAGGCUCGGCUUGUCUUCUGCGCGCGUGCCGUUUUGCUGGGCUCGCCUUCCAAACUGCCACCUGCUAGACGGGCUGCUCUUGGCCCAAGACGACCUUUUCCCCGGCAACGCGCAGCUCCAGCGGAAGCACGCCAGUACGACGGUUGGCGCCGCUGUUGUCCGUCAAGCUGGCACCCCAACCGCUGAGGUACACCCCACAGUCCAGGAAGUUGUAUCACGCGGGCAGCCGCUUGCUACUUCAUCGGUCGCGCUUGGGGACUUCGAGGUGUCAGUUAGCGAGCAUGGACCUCUUGCGGACGCAGACGCCGUAUCGUCGCUUACCAAUGACGAAGAAGCCGCAGCCGAGCCCUCUUCAUGCGAAACCUGGAAGCAGUCCGUUGUUGAGGAGCCUAUCUUUGCAGGAAGUGAACCCCAACCGCUUCCUGCAGAGGGCGCUGAGCAGCAAAAGAUGGUCCUAGCGAGCUCAAUGUUUGCUGAGACGGUCCCAGAGGGCGGCGCCUUCGCUGCGGCAGCUUCACACGAUCUGUCGCCUAAUGCUGGCGUGGCGGAGCCGUCCAUUGCUCUGGAAGCUCCGGGACCGUCGUUCGUCGCGGCUGAUGCCAGGGCAGGGGAGUUGUCGUCCACCGCGGCUGAUGCUGAGGCUCCGGAGCCACUAUUCGUUGCGCCCGAAGCUGGGGAGCCGCCAUCCAUCGGGGCGGCUUGUGCGGAAGCUGUGGAGCCGUUAUUCAUCGUGCCAACAAGCGAGGAUCAAUCCUUAGUAUCCGCUCCUGGAUCGGAGCAGACGCCGGCUGCAGCAGAUGUGGCGGCCCUACACGAACAGCCGUCGCCUGUAGCGACUGCCAGCGUCCUAUUGUACACUGCGAAGGGGCUCCAGGAGGGAACGCUGGUUGCGGAUGCCCUUGGCGGGUCCCCGCCGCUUCCAGUUCGUGCGGACACCGCAACGCAUCCAUCCAGGUAUCCCGUGCUGCGGUUGGAGUACUACAACUCUGCGUCCAUCUGGAUGGUUGCGGUCGCCACCGCCGUUUCGCUGCUCGUGUUCGCUGUGAUGCGCGUGCAGUAUUUCGUAAAGGGAUUUGGCGUGUCAACCGCUGCCCAACCGCGGCAGUCGCAAACAGCAGCUGUGACCACAACGCUUCGAAUUCUCAGGCUGAAGAAAGAAAGUGCAGGCAAUACUGAGGCAGCUGUGCAGGUUGUUGAGCCCAUGAAUGAUUACGUGGACCACCAGUUCAUCAUGGUGGACGGCAGGUUGAAAUACGUCGAGGGGUGCGCGCCCAAGGACAUCCUAUAGUUACACUAGCCGUUGGCUUUGUGUUUUGGCACGCAAUUGCUGUGCCAGUCACUGUAUAAUACGUCGCGGGUCAGGUCCAUGCCAGCUGUCAGCUGUUUAAGGGCCGAAUUUGUAAAGUACAAUCCAG